UUGUGGUUAUCUAUAGCACUAUGGUCUUUUUAUACUUAUGAUACACUUUUCCAUUUCAAUACUUCUAAGUUCUGAACAACCCUGCUGUCUAAUUCAGUCCAAUGGGGGCCUCUACAUUUUGCUAUUGAUCAAAUUUCUUUGCCUUUUAUAUUACUAACCGGCCUAUUAACACCUAUAUGUAUAUUGAUAAGUUGAACCUCUAUUAAAUUUUUGGUUAAAGAAUUCAUACUUCUAUUACUAGUAAUUCACUUACUAUUAAUAGGGGUUUUUGCUUCCUUAAAUAUACUAUUAUUUUAUAUAUCUUUUGAAGGUAUACUUAUACCUAUGUUUCUUAUUAUAGGAAUAUGGGGAUCUAGGAAGGAAAAAGAAAGAGCUGCUUUCUAUUUUUUCUUUUUCACUUUAGUUGGUUCUUUAUUUAUGUUACUUGGUAUUUUCACUCUUUAUAAAUAUUUUGGAACCUUAGAUUAUCAAACUCUAAUUUUGUCGAAUAUUCCUGUUAAUAUCCAAUAUUGAAUAUUUGCCAGCUUUUUUUUAAGUUUGGCUGUUAAAGUACCAAAAUUACCCGUACAUAUUUGACUACCCCAAGCUCAUGUUGAAGCCCCUGUAGCAGGAUCUGUUUUGUUAGCAGGAGUAUUAUUAAAAUUAGGAGGCUACGGUUUAAUACGGUUUUCUUGACCUUUAUUACCACAAGCCUCAGAGUUUUUCUCUCCUCUAAUAAUUUUAUUAGGGUCAUUAGCAGUAGUGUAUGCAAGUUUAUCUACCUGUAGACAAACUGACUCAAAAAAAUUAGUAGCAUAUUCUUCAGUCGCCCAUAUGGGGUUGGUGACAGUAGCAUUGUUUUCUAAAACACCUGAAGGAGUGGUGGCAGCAAUUAUAUUAAUGGUGGCUCACGGUUUUGUAAGCUCAGGGCUAUUUAUUGUAGUUACAAAUUUAUAUGAAAGAUUACACACUAGGGUAUUUAGAUACUAUAGAGGAGUAGUUUAUUUAAUGCCACUAUUUACCACUUUAUUUUUCCUAUUAAUAUUAGGUAAUAUAGCAUUUCCCAUAUCAUUAAACUUUAUAGGUGAAUUCAUAUCUAUACUAUCUGCCUUUCAAUAUAGCAUAAUAGCAAUUCUAUGUCCAUUAUUAGGAAUGGUUUUAUCUGCAGCUUAUAGUCUGGUUUUUUUUAAUAAAAUUUCUUUUGGGACACCUUCGAAACACACUUAUUAUAUUAGAGAUAUAAAUAGGAGAGAAUUACAUUCACCAUUGAUUCUUCUAUUUCUAACAAUAGUAUUAGGUUUAUCUCCGACUUCUAUUGGUUUAGCUCUAAGCCUCCCUUAUUUCUAA